AUGUCAUCAGCAAUAUCCACAACAUGCUACUACCGCAAUGGAACGGUCGCAACGAACGACAUACCAUGCCCUGGAUCAAAAAUGUGUUGCCCUAGCAGUGACUCUUGCAUGGACAAUGGUCUAUGUCGCGACAAAAUUAAUCAUUCAAAUGGGUCGACGACAACGUUCCCGGAUGGUCACACCUAUAACUACACCGGUCUUUACUAUACGCCGUCCUGUCAGGAUGUGACCUAUAAUGGCUGCUUAAUAGACUGCACUACUUAUUCCUCCAACCGUGGCGAAUAUAUAUGGGCUUGCAAUGAUGCAUUGACGAGUUAUUGUUGCCAUCUGGAUUCAGACUCCUUAGGCCAGGGGGACUGCUGCGCUCAUGGCACUUUUUCUUUAUCAUCCCCUCAGGUGCUGGGCCAAACAGCGAGCACCACCGCUAAUCCUACCUCUACCAUUUCUACACGGACAGCCGGCACUACAACUUCGCAACUAGCAAGCCCUACGGUAACAAAUUCGAUCACCAAUACUCUUUCUCCCCGUGCAAAGGCAGGAAUUGGGGUUGGUGUGGCGGCUGGUAUGAUAAUAGUCAGCGUGUUAGCUGCGCUAUGGUAUCGGGCGUAUCGGCAUGCUCGUUCUCAGGGUGCAAGCCAAGUGGGAGAAAGAGGAACAAGCGAGUUAUAUGUAAAACCGGAGCUUGACUCCAUGCAAAUUCUGCCGAAGAAUAGGGAAUCACCAAUGAUGGAACUUGAGGCACCAACGCAACGAAGAUCAGAUCCUGCAGAACUGCCAGUCGAAUCAUAUAAAAUGACGGACAACAUCCCUAAACCAGCAGUAACCGGUACCUGCCACUGCGGCAAAAUCAAAUACAAAAACAGCAAACCCUCCUACAGAAUGACAUACUGCUACUGCUCUACCUGCCGUCCUCUCCACGGCGCACCAUUCGCCGCAUUCACAAACGUCAAUCGCGAGGAUCUAGAAUGGUUCAAGCGUCUCCCAUCUUCUGAAGGAGGUGAAUAUACCGAACUCGACCAUACCAAAGGAGUAAUCAAGGAAUUAAGACUAAGCAAAGCAGCAACAAGAACGUUUUGCGCAGACUGUAGGUCGCCGUUGACCAUGGUUUAUCAUGCUGUUCCUGAUGAGAUUGGGUUGGUUGCGGCGACGAUUGAUGAGGGAUUAUCUUCUGCACCUGUACCCAAAGUGGAACAGCAUAUUUUUGUUGGACAGAAGCCGAGUUGGUAUGGGAUACAGGAUGAUGGGAAGGUUAGGUAUGACGGGCCGACGGAGUUGUUACGGGAAUGGAUGGAUUAUAGGAAAGAUUGA